GCUAAUAUUACAGGGCACCAAAAAGGUAACUGGAGAGUUGGAAUAAAAGCAUAUGCACAUUUCACUUUCCAAAUGCUGUUGGAUUACAAAAUAUACUGUACAUACGAACAGAUAAAGACUACAAUGCUGUUGUCAGACAGCAAAUCCGGUUAAUUUAGAAAUUAUUCUUUGGCGACAUCUUGUGGUGAACUCGAUGUAUUGCUGUUUUCACGCAACGGAGAGAAAUCAAAGUGCAGUCUGAUGAUGAAAUUAGAAUGGUUGUUUUAAGAGUUUUAUUUAUUUAUUUAUUUAUUUUACAGUUAACUCAAAAUGCAGUGUGGCUUCAAUGCUCUAAACGAGUCUAUUCGCAUUUCAACCCACAUCCUGAUACAACGCUUAUUUCGGAGCAGUUAAAUGGUGUAUUUCCGUCUGUGGAGGCGCCGAAUGUGAAAUAAUGUGAUACUCGCCAAUACAUAAUGCCCAAAAUGUGUUACAUUUUAAAUAAGUAUUACAGCAAUAUCUAUAAGGAUCGAAGUCAUUUGUAGCGCGCGGUCAUAUCACAGAAAGAGCCGAGUCACGUAGUUCACGCACUGCUUUACUGAUUCAGGAGUGAUCUGAGAGUGAACAUGUGAGUCAUAUAGCGACGUGUUAUUCACUGCAACUGCACAUUACACAUGUAACAGCAGACCACCUAAUCACAACGAGCGAGCAGCUAAAGACAAGAGAAGAUAUUCACUUAAACACAGGAACCGUAUGAUGCUCAACGUGUUUCAUUGACAAUGAAAUCUUUUAUUCUGUUGUUCACCAGCAUCCACAUGAUCACAGCAGGAUCAGCGGCGCACAGGUGUUUCUGUCAGGUCACUGGGACCCUGGAUGAUUGUGCUUGUGAUGUUGAGACCAUUGACAAGCUCAACAACAGAGACAUCUUUCCCAAACUGCAGAAACUACUGUCAUCUGAUUAUUUCAGGUUUUACAAGGUCAAUCUAAACAACCCUUGUCCAUUCUGGACCGACCACAGCCAGUGUGGACUCAAAUACUGUGCUGUGAAACCAUGCACACCUAGCGAAGUACCCGAGGGCCUUAAAUCCAGCAGUUAUAAGUAUUCAGCAGAAGCCAGUCAGGAGAUAGAGGAGUGCGAGAAGGCAGAGAAACUUGGAGCUAUCAACGGGUCCCUCAGUGAAGAGACACGCCAGGCUCUACAGGAGUGGAAAAAACACGAUGAUGAGUCUGACCGUUUCUGCAUGCUGGAUGGGCAGGGAUUCUACCACUGGCUGGAAGGCUUGUGUGUGGAGAAAAGAGCUUUUUUCAGGCUGAUUUCAGGACUGCAUGCCAGUAUAAACAUACAUCUGAGUGCCAGGUACCUACUAGAUGUCUUGAGCGUCCUCUCAUCAUUUUUUGCUGGAAACAACAAGGAGGCCAUGAAACUAAAAGAAGACUUCAAGAUCACCUUCAAAAAUAUUUCCCGUAGCAUGGACUGUGUUGAAUGCUUUAAAUGUAGACUUUGGGGUAAAUUGCAGACACAGGGCCUGGGAACAGCACUUAAAAUCCUGUUUUCUGAAAGACAAAUAGAAACUAUGCCCAAUACAAGCAAGACCAAUCCAUCUUUUCAGCUCAGUCAGCAAGAGAUUGUCUCUCUGUUUAAUGCUUUUGGAAGAAUAUCCACAAGUGUCAGAGAGUUGAAGAACUUUCGCUCACUGUUGUCAGAAUCAGACAGUGACUGAAAAUACUCCCCUUUUGUGGCAACAAUUUGUCGAGUAGUAUAAUCGCAUUACAUAGUUGCUGCCUCCUGGGUUGAAAAAUCGCUGAAUGUUAUUUUACACCAAUUGUUGUUAAAGACACCCUGUUUAACAGCAUUGGAUGCUAGCACUUUAAAGGACCUCACUUUAGCUCUAAGGCAAUUAUGGGUAGUAGAGUAUAUUUGAAUUAUGACAUAUAUACAUUUAUUUUUGUAAGGUGACCAAAUAUGCGACGGAAUUUAGUAUAACUAUGACUGCUUCUCAGGAACUCAGAGCUUCAGUGGAAAUACAUAAACACAUAAAUGUAUUUGAAAUGUGUCAUUAAUUUUGUAACGUUUGAAUAGGUGCCUUUGCAUCUACAUUUUUGACAAUUGCAGAGUCAGCUGGAGUUGUGAGCACUGACUGAAUUAUGCUGAAAUGUCUAUUUCAAGAGGAGAUCAGUUGUUUAUUUUUAAUAUUGUUCAGUCAUUUUUCCAUAAACAUUCCAGAUGUGGUUGUGUUACGCUUGUAUUUUGCAUUCAUUUUAUGAUGGCACUCUCUUUUUAAGUGUUUUAGGGAAGUUUAGCCAUGGCUUCAUUUAUACAUUUUUCAUUUGGUGCUUUAAUCCAAAGUGACUAACAAUGCAUUCAAGGCAUUAAUUUUAUCAAUGUACAGUAUGUAUUCCCCGAGAAUCGAACCCAUGACUUUGGCAUUGCAUGCUCAAUCAUUUGAGCCACAGUACAUCUCAUUGGAAGUUUGACAUAAAACUUCAGUUCAGCAAUUAUCUAAAUAAAUGUCUAAUGCAGAGUGCUGAAUCAAACUUUGAACGGAGAGCUGGCAAUUUGAUAAUUCUUUGACUGGGACAUGGAUCUCAGAGGUCAGAGGCAUCUCUGUUCUAGAUUACGAUGUUGCCAGUGAUUUAACCACUACAAAUUUAAUUGUGGCUAUGAGUUCAGCCAAGAAACGAAAACACAGUUAGACUUGCUAGGCAAUUUUUGAGAAAAACGAGCACUGGUAUUUGGAAGCAAAAAUACUGGACAAGAUACAGGAACAUUUUAGGCCUGGAGUUAAUCAUAGUGUUGAAAGAAAAGAUGUUGAAAUUUCAGAAUUUACACAUUUGUUUUUAUUUAAUGCUUUGUGAUAUUGCAUUUCUGUACAAGUUUGGUUAUAACUUCGCUGUUUUGCUGGAAAGAAACUAUGGUUAGUGCAUUUUUAACCACUUGCUAUUUUGGACUUUAUGUGCUGCUGCAAUAUACACAACCCUAAUUAGUUUCAUUUCCCUUAAUUAGUUUUUCAUUUUGAAAUAAUCAUACCCAACUCCCCUGAUUCGGAUUAAAAAAGAAAAGAAAAAAAGUACUUUUUGUUUUUUAAAACAGUGCAAUAAAUCUUUAUUUUGUUUAUGGUAGUGCUUUCUUUAAUCGACUAGGAUCAUGGGUAAACAAGUUACAUUCAUUGGCCUUAAAAAAAAAAAAAAAAAAAAAAAAAGAA